AUGAUUAAGAGUCCCAAUGAAGCAGAUUUACAAGAAGCAGCAGGCAAUUCAAGCCGUGAUGAUCAAGCCAAUAAAUUCUCAACAAAAGCUAAUGAUUUGUCGAGUCCAUCGACACCAUGGCUAAGGUUGAAGGAUCCAAGGAUUGUGCGUGUGUCCAGAGCUUUUGGAGGAAAGGACAGGCACAGCAAGGUUUGCACCGUAAAAGGGCUUCGAGAUCGGCGGGUGAGGCUUUCCGUACCCACUGCUAUACAGUUGUACGACCUUCAAGAAAGGCUUGGUCUUAACCAGCCUAGCAAAGUUGUCGAUUGGUUGCUUGACGCCGCGAAGCAUGAAAUUGAUGAACUUCCUCCGCUGCCGCUGCCACCAUCUGGGAAUUUCGGCCUAAAUCACCCAUCAUUAGUCCUCACUUCAUCUCAUGGUGUCCAAACCCAUGCUCAUGCCCAAUUAUCUCAUGAUAAUGGAGAAGGUCCUAGUGGUGGAAUUGCACCGGCCAGAUCACAUUUUUGGAGCACAAAUUCGGAUGCUAUUUGGAGAGGAAAAUCAAAAGAAAUUGCAAGAGACACAACAAAUGAGGAGGAAGAAGAAAAUCCGAAAGAUAUAAGCACUGGAUCAGACCAAAAGGAAGAAGGAACUGUUGAUGGUAAUUCAUCAUCGAACAACUUCUUAACCAGAAUUAGCACCAACCAUCCAUUCUUUCCAGGUCUUGUCAAUAAUGCCAUGCCUUAUGCUUACCAUAAUUGGGAUCAUAAUCAGCCUUCAAAUUUCCCACUAUCUCAAUUAGGAAGCCAUGGAUUCCCAUCCCAAACUGCAGAUCUCCACAACUUCAUUAACGUCGUCUCGUUGCCCUCCACAUUGUCUUUAUCUACAACACAAUCUUAUUUCCCUUCACAUAAUGCUGCGGCUGCAGCAGAGAUCGAUCCGAGACAAUUCAACCACAUGCAUAUGUUAAGCUCAAGCAGUACUUCUCAGAACCUCUUGCCAAAUUCUCUUUCACCAACUCUAUACCCUAAUAGCCAGACCCUGAGAGCACCCCAUUUGAGCAUGAUGACUAAGCUUGUGCGUUCUUCAAACAACACUACUGGAAGUGAUCAUCAUCAGCCAAAUACAGACCAGGAGUCCCCUUCUAGAUGA